AUGGAAAAAAACACCUUCUCUGUGGCCAUAGUCAUAGCUGCUUUGGCGGGUCCACAAUGGCUGUUCACCGAGGAGAAACUUCCGAAUGCCAACUACAAUGGGACGGCGAAUUUUAACGCCCAGGAUGAUGGCGCCUUCAUUACCAAAUACACAAAGUCCAGUUUAUGGAUUCUCUGCACAGCCCAACAAGGAAUAGAGACCUACAACUGCAUUAAAAUCGACUACUUUCCCAAGGAAGGAUAUCAGCCGGAUCCACACGACUCGACACCAGCAAUACCAUAUACCAUCACAAAAUCAUGUCCAUUCUUUUUGGCAUCUGGCGUCCUUUUAUUGAUUAGCUUCAUCGUAUUUUUGGUGCCAACGUGUUCGCAUCAAAAUAACCUUUAUUAUUUUAGUUCGGGAAUUAUGUUCAUAGUUUCAGGACUCUUCAUGCUCAUCGGACUGAUUGCAUAUAUUUCGAUUUUAAAAGCGGAAAUUGGUUCAAAACUACGUCCAAGGUCGACAUUGCAACCAGCCCUCUUCAAAGUCACAUAUGGACAAAGUUUUUUCCUCUACGUAUUUGGAUUUAUAUCGACGGAAUUUGUUGGAGUUCUGAAUGUUUUCCUGUAUAUAAGCUUACAGGAAGUUGGAUAUUAUAGCAAACUUCCAUGCCUUUCAUUUACAAACAUCCAAGAAAAAAUAAGAGAAGGUGAAAAUCGAAAUUCCAAACAUCAUCCCCAUCGACGCAAGGAAAACCUAACAGUUGCUGGCUACAAUUGCAAGAAGCACCCCUCAAAUGUCUUCAAUGAUCUAGAAAAACGGUACUAUUUUGAAAAACCACAAAAGUGUGACCUACAUUCGAAGAACAUUGCCAAAAGCUUAAACGAACUGUAUACCGAACCAGCCCCACAACACUUCCAUCAUCUACCCCCACAGGAUAUUCACUUUCAACAGCAGCUGCAGCAUCAACACCAUCAACAGCAACAGCAACACCAGAACCUGAACCAGAACCAGCAGCAUCAUCAGCAAUCCGAAUGUGCACCCCUAACACGUAGCGUAUCGACGGCAACAGAGAUUUUCUCUAAUUCUGGCAAUGGAAAUGCAGGCCAACACACAAACAACAAUUUUCAAAACAAUAACGGCACCGAGAAACGAGCUUCGGUCACCACCAACACCUCGACCAGUGCCACCACUAAAAAGCACCAAGCAACCCUAACAUCAGCAAAACUCCCUCGAGAUGGCCGACAUGACCGACAUGACGAAGACAAUGACUCCGUUGGAAGUGAUGUGGCAGACGAUGGCAGUGGAACACGGAUGCGAAAUGGCAGCUCAACCACUGGCAUCCAGGACAUUUGUGGCUUAUCGCGUGGCAUUCGGAAGACAAAGGAUGAGUUUUUCAAUGAGUUUUGUAAAAAGGCUGGAGUUCGACCAAAACCAAAAGAUAUCUAUUUCAUCAAUGACCAUGAAGAUGACCCCCAUCACGACGAGGAAAACAUCUACAUUGUGGACUGUGCCAAGCCACAAAACUCCGGGCAGGUACAGCAACAAUACCAACAUCACCAUCAACGCCAGCAGGCAGUCUACUACCCAAACCCCCGCCGGAACUCCAUGUUCGUUGAUCUGCCACCGAGCAUUUCUCUGCGGAAGCAAAACUCAAACUUAUCCCUGCAUGCCGAAACUAAACUCUAUCAGAAGAGUCUUUUCGACUUGGACCGGUGCGAAUCAGAGAUCUGGAACACAUACCCAGAGCAAUUCUAUGCAAAGGGCAGUGCGAAGCAGCUCCAAGAUUGCAAUGUCUAUCAAAGUCGUACGUUACCAAGGUCGUUUAUGAAACGUAAUUUUGACUCCCAAGAGAGUCUGCUAAUGUCAGCAGCCACUGCAGCGACAGCUGGCAGCCAGGGCCGUUUAUCUAUCACAGGCCAUGGACACAACCAUUAUCCAUCGGCACAGUCGACCAGGUUAUCGCAUGGUUCGAGGGAGGCAAACAUCUAUCGUUCAGGACAAGCGUUGCAUAAAUCCUGUGAGGACGUGCGAAAUUCUAUCGGUGUCGGUGUCAGUUCACGUAGGCCAUCCACAAAUCUAAUGCCAACUGCCGUGCAAUGGCCAACAGCAAUUCCUACGUCGCCCUCGAAUUUCUCGAACAAUUCGUUUUUAUAUGGAAAUCAGCCGCAACAUCAUCAACAUCAACAUCCUGCAAUGGUUCCCGGCAGGACGUCGUCGACGAAAAUCGCACGGCCAUAUGCAUUUGAUGAUCGACGUGGUGAUGUGUCUGCGGGCGGAGUCGGAGUGUAUGACGCCUUCGAUUUGGAUGAAAUUGAAAGGGAACGCCGAAGGUCACAUGCGAGUUUAUUCGACGGGCGAUAUGAUGUAAUUAACGGUACAGCAGUUUAAGGCGGAGUUAACACUGUGUUAUUUGGGAGACAUUUACUGCCAUAAACAUUAGACAUUGUACUAGGUAUAAACUAUAACUAUACAUAAUGUAGG